AUGUGGACAUUUAUGGGGACAGUGAGUCCGUGUGUGAGGAAGAAGCGUUGUCCUUACUCUAAGCCUCAGAUCCUGGAGCUGGAGCGAGAGUUUCUCUGCAGUGUUUACAUCAACAAAGAACGACGCAUUCAACUGUCGCAGCGACUCAGCCUCACAGACAGACAGGUGAAGAUCUGGUUUCAGAAUCGCAGGAUGAAAGAGAAGAAGCUGAAGCGAGAGCGACUGCACUAUUACACCGGGUACCACCUGUUCUGA